AUCAUUUCUAAAAACAUUUCCUACGAAUCACUGCGCUUCAAAGUGGGACAUGUGUUCUUAUCUCUCUUAUCUUUAUAUUUUUUUAAAUCCGGAGUAUCCACCUGUUUGAAGACACGCACAAAAGGGAAAAUAUAUAAUUAUUUCAUUCACAUAAGACACAUUCGAGAAUAUCUAUAUCAAGUUUUAAGAGAAGUCUGUAAAGAUGACACGUAUUGCAGUGGUAACUGGAGGAAACAAGGGAAUUGGUUUCUGUAUUGUUAAACAGCUAUGCCAAAAAUUCAAUGGGAUAGUUUACUUAACUGCUCGUAAUACUAAUCUUGGUCAAGCUGCAGUUACUGAAUUAGAGAAACUUGGUCUGAAACCUCAUUUUCAUCAACUUGAUGUUAGUGAUGAUGAUAGUGUCAACGUAUUUAAAGAGUAUUUAAGCAAAACGUAUAACAGAUUGGAUAUACUAAUUAACAACGCUGCUAUAGCUUUCAAGAUGGAUGCUACCGAUCCAUUUGGUAUCCAAGCAGAGGAAACAUUAAAAAUAAAUUACUUUGGUUUGAAGAAGGUUUGCAAUGCAUUAUAUCCACUGCUUAAGCCUCAUGCCAGAGUGGUACAUCUGUCCAGUGGAGCUGGGCAUCUGUCAAAAAUACCUGGUGCAUCACUUAGAGCAAAACUAUCUGACCCAGAUUUGACAGAAGAAGAUCUUGAUAAACUUAUGAAUGACUUCAUAAGUUCAGCAAAGGCAGGUACGCAUGUAGAAGCUGGUUGGCCACAAUCAGCUUAUUCUGUCAGUAAAGUGGGAGUAUCUACAUUAACCAGAAUUCACCAGAAAUUAUUUGACAAAGAUGCUCGAGAAGAUCUUGUAGUAAACAGUGUUCAUCCUGGUUUUGUGGAUACUGAUAUGACAAGUCAUGGCCGUUCUAGUGCCUUCAGUCGUUACAGAGCAUCCAUGAUGACCCCUGAUAGGGGUGCACAGGCUCCAGUAUAUCUUGCAUUAUUGCCACCCAAUACAGAUAUAAAAGGAAAAUAUAUCUGGUCUGAUAAUACUGUUGUUGAUUGGUUGGCUGAGUCAACACCACCUUUGUAAGAUUUACUUGAUAUACCUCAGAACAGACAAUAUUUUGUAAUUACCAGCAAAUCGACAUACAAUUAAUACGAAGAAAUAUUAUUCCCUGCACUUUACAAAUGAUGUAUUUUUUAAUGCCAGUAUACAAAUUAUUUGCUGCAUUAAGAAAUGAUUUGUUCUUCUACAAUUAUGAAUAAAUGUUUUGUAAAUUUG